AGAUCACGGGUCUCAGACAAGGAACAGACCCGCGCCCGCACCGCUGCUAUAAAUAACGCACGCGCUGAGGUGUAGCCGUCACGUGAGCGCAGGUACCACCCUCCUGCUGCGCGUGCACGGUGCCCGGGCUCGUGCACAGAGGUCCCAGUGUCUCCUCGCCUCUCCUCGGUCCUCACUCCUCUCCUCUCCUCUCGUCUCCUCUGUCCUCUCCUCUCUCCGCGCUCCUGUGACGCACCGCAGGGAAAGAGGAACCGCGGAGAAAGCAGAAGUCAGAUUAGUGGACUUUUUUUUUGGAGCUUUUGGCGUUUUGCAGCCACUACCAGCCGCAGACAUGUUCAGUUGGGUCAAACAGGAGCAGGGAGGGCGCAACAAGGAAGGAGAGAUGUACGCGACCGUGACGGAGGGGCUGCAGACGCUCUACACCAAGAAGCUGCUGCCGCUGGAGGAGACGUACCUGUUCCAUGACUUCCACUCACCUGCGCUCGAGGCCGCCGACUUCCAGAGCAAACCCAUGGUGCUGCUCGUGGGCCAGUACUCCACCGGGAAGACCACGUUCAUCAGGUACCUUCUGGAACAGGACUUCCCUGGGAUGAGGAUUGGACCGGAGCCGACCACCGAUGGUUUUAUCGCUGUGAUGUACGGAGAGAACGAGGGGGUCGUCCCUGGCAACGCCCUGGUUGUUGACCCCAAGAAACCCUUCAGGAAACUCAACGCCUUCGGAAACUCCUUUUUAAACAGGUUUAUCUGCUCUCAGAUGAACAACCAGGUGCUUCAGAGCAUCAGCAUCAUCGACACUCCAGGGAUCUUGUCAGGAGAGAAACAGAGAAUCAGCAGAGGUUAUGACUUUGCGGAGGUGUUGCGGUGGUUCGGGGAGCGUGUGGACAGAAUCAUCCUCCUGUUUGAUGCUCAUAAACUGGACAUUUCAGAUGAGUUUUCUGAGGCCAUCCGAGCGUUCAAAGGUCAAGACGAUAAGAUCCGAGUGGUGCUCAACAAAGCCGACCAGGUGGACACUCAGCAGCUGAUGCGUGUGUAUGGCGCCCUCAUGUGGUCUCUGGGGAAAGUGAUCAACACUCCAGAGGUGGUGCGGGUUUAUCUGGGCUCGUUCUGGGCCAAGCCUCUGCAGAACACAGAGAACAGACGUCUGUUUGAAGCCGAGAGUCAGGAUCUGUUCAGAGACAUUCAGGGUUUACCUCGAAACGCAGCUCUGAGAAAACUCAACGACCUGAUCAAGAGAGCCCGACUCGCCAAGGUGCACGCUUACAUCAUCAGUUACUUGAAGAAGGAAAUGCCAUCGCUUUUCGGACGUGAGAAAAAGAAGGAGGAGCUAAUUUUGCGACUUCCAGAGAUUUACACCAUCCUCCAGAGGGAGCACCACAUCAGCCCCGGAGACUUCCCCAAUGUGGCCAAGAUGCAGGACCAGUUGCAGCAUUACGACUUCAGUAAAUUCCCUUCUCUAAAGAUGAAACUCAUCGAGUCGGUCGAUAAAAUGUUGGCGUCGAAGAUCGCUGUUCUCAUGGCGAUGAUCCGGGAGGAGGAGUCUAAAGUUCCGCCCGCCAUGGUGCAGGGCGGAGCCUUCGAGGGGUCACAGGACGGUCCUUUCGGUCACGGGUACGGAGAGGGCAUCAGCGCCGGAGCCGACCACGAGGACUGGAUCGUGACCCGUGACAAACACAGAUAUGACGAGAUCUUCUACACGCUCAUGCCGGUCAACGGGAAGAUCUCUGGAGUCAACGCCAAGAAGGAGAUGAUGAACUCCAGACUUCCCAACACGGUCUUGGGAAAGAUCUGGAAGCUGGCAGACUGCGACCACGACGGGAUGCUGGAUGACGAGGAGUUUGCUCUGGCGCAACAUCUGAUCCAAGUCAAACUGGAGGGAUACGAGCUGCCCGUGGAGCUGCCAACUCAUCUCAUCCCCCCAUCGCAUCGCAAGAGCCACCAGAGCAACGGAGAGGGUGUCUACAGCCACAAUGAGGACUGAGAAGUAAACACCAGGUCUAAACCAGGACUAAACCAAGACUAAACUACCAUCUGAUACUCCCAUUUCACUGCAAGAACCUCCAAAGCAACAAAGAGGGAGUCUUCAGCCACACCUAGGACUGAGAAGUAAACACAAGGACUAAACCAGAACUAAACCAGGACAAAACCAGAAUUAUAAUAGGAUUUAACCAAGACUAAACCAGGAACAAAUCUGGAUUACAUAAAGAGGGUCCCUUCUUUACCUCCAGUCCUAAACAUUUUACUGUCAGAAAGUAUUUGGCCACAUGCUCCCGUCUUCAUCCAAACCUCGGUGGCCUCUGUGUGCUUCCUGUUCGUAAAUCCCUCUAAAAUGACUGAUGUUCUUGUCUCCCGGUCCUGGUUCGGUCCCGGUUCAGUCCGAGUUCAGUCCGGGUUCAGUCCUGAUCUAGUCUUGUGUCUCUAGAGUCUGUUACAUAAGAGACAGAUGAAAAAUUGAUCUGUCUUGGACCCACUGGACUCUCAGAUUUCAUAACUGCAGCUUUUAUCUCAAACAUGAACAUUUUGGAUGGAAAACAGAACUAAAGUCGCUGUUUAAGUAGAACCUAACCGUCACAGCAACUACAAGAACUGGACUAAAACUGGUUUAGUCUGGGUUUAGUCUGGGUUUAGUCUGGGUUUAGUCCGGGUUUAGUCCUGGUUUAGUCCUUCUUCAGUCCUGGUUGAGUCAUAGUUUAUAGGUAGGUUUAUUCCUGCUUGUAAAACUACUCACUUGCCAUUUGACUAUGAACUAUAAAGGUUUAAUCCUGGUUCAGUCCUGGUUCAGUCCUGGUUCAGUCCUGGUUCAGUCCCGGUUCAGUCCCGGUUCAGUCCCGGUUCAGUCCCGGUUCAGUCCCGGUUUAGUCCCGGUUUAGUCCCGGUUUAGUCCCGGUUUAGUCCUGGUUUAGACUGAGGGUUAGACCAAUUUUUAGACCAAAGUUUAGUCCAGGUUAAACGGUCUAGAUGGAUUAUUUCAAACGUGGCAUUCACCAAACCUUUGAACCAGGCACUGUCAUUAAUCAAUAUUCCUCUGAUAAUUUUUAUUUGACAUAAUUAAAAAGUGCAAAUAAAAUUAUUUCCUCUUUGCUUAUCACAUCCUUACCUCUGGUUUCAGUCCAAAGUCUCUGUGGAUUUUAAGACAUUUCUGUGAUAAAAAUGUCUCCAUAAAGUUUGAUAAUCUGAAGUUUAUAAUGUGGAUUUACAAGCUGGUUUUAUGAUGGGAAUCACACCCUGAGGAUAGAACCAGGACUGGACCAGGACUGGACCAGGACUGGACCAGGACUGGACCAGGACUGGACCAGGACUAAACCAGGACUAAACCAGGACUAAACCAGGACUAAACCAGGACUGAACCAGGACUGAACCAGGACUGAACCAGGACUAAAACUAUACUUGUUCAGCUCCUUGUUCAGUUUUCCCUUUAGAUCAAAUUACACUUUUGUUUCAUGUUUGUGUUGUGAAACCUUUGCGCUGUUACAAAUGAUUCCAAAUAUGCAAAAAAAAAAAAAAAAAAAAAAAAACAUCUGUAUUUUAUUUUUUCUUUCAUGUAUUGUACAGAAUUAUUGUUUUCUCAUUUAGUUGGACACUUGGUUUCAGACAUUUCCAAAUCAUUUCAAUUAGUGACUGCUGUUACCAUAACGACCCCAUGUUUAAUUGAAGGGCCCAUAUGAAUCUAUUUUGUAAUAUAGUUUGCUCAUCACAAACAGACCUGGAGUUGUGUUUUGUUUCUUUCACACAUGUUUAACACACAAACCCUGCAUAUUUAGGCUGAGUUCUUCUCCUCAAACUGAAAAGGUAAUACAUUAAGUGCUCCACUGUGUUUUUAAACGCCAUACACCUUCACUAGAAUAAUUUGGAUAAACGUAAAAGUAGCUGUUAAUUUGAAAACUACCGCUUCAUGAGAUCACAAGUUGGAACAGAGCAUUUUGAGCUUUGGAGAUGUAGACAGACUAAUAAUAAAGAAUUACUCCAACAUGUGUGCAUGAAACAUAACACGACUCCAGGUUUGUUUUUGAGGAGGUAAAAACAUUCUAACAGGACUUAAAGCUCCAAAGAGUCAGUUUUGUGUAAAAUAGCACCUGUCAAAUCUAUUAUCAUUAUUAUUAUUUGAAAUGUUUGUGCCUUAUCGCUCAGAGAAAAGCCAUAUGUUCUUAUGCAGUCACCUCUACCUUAUACUCUUAUGUUAAUUUUAUUUUAACGUUGUCAAACUGCACAGAUUUAUUCAUGAUUGAAACUUGUACAGAAGAAUUUCAUUUUAAAGAAAUUAUCUCAAAUUGUGUGUGAAAAUGAUGAAAAUCUAAGGAGGAGUGUAUUUUAUUAAAGUUUCUAAACUGAA